CUCGUCAUAUCACGUGUGCAGGUGCCAUAACGUGGACUUGGUGUUGUUGCUUGCGUUUUGUUGUUAUGUGCUUAUUUUUCUCAAUAUUUCUGUAACAGAACAAGUUAUUCGUUAUUUAGAAUGUCAGAUGUCACUUACUUAACGUUACCUACAUGGAUCGGAGGUUCUUUGAGUAUUAGGUUUAUUUAUCUGGUAAAUAAUACAUCAUUUAGGUUAACAGAGUGUCCCAACAAGGGUCCAGCCAUUCCUCUGUACUUGGGAGCUGAUCUGUUUUCCAACACUGACGUCCGCACAGAGAACCACCCCAGGCAACAUGCCAAGUUUGCCAAGAAAGGAUUAGCCACGAAACUACAUUUUUCUUCUGUUUACAGGUUCCAUGGCUUGAAGGUGCCCACUUCCAACAACAGCCUCUGGUUCUACAGUGUUCAGGGUCUUUUCCGAAUAGCCUUUGAGUUUUUCAGUAAGCAGGACCAACUUGCUUUGCUUGAGAAUUUUCAGGAUAUAUGGAAAUCACACAUAAAUGAUGCCCCUCUACAAAUGGGCUACAGCCUCAGUGAGCAGUUGGACUUUGCAGUAGUCGGCGAGGAACCAGCAGCCAAAGAACCAAGAACUAAGGAGCCCAGAAGUGUUAUUUUCAAGCCUCUUCAAGCAGUGCCGACUUCAGUGGAGCCUGGUGACAGCUCUAAAGACCACAAUUACUGUUCUCACCCACACCAGUCCCAAGAGACUGAUCCAAAUCCGGACUUAUUCUCCCCAUUUCAACAGCAAAUCCAUCGGAUGGCCGACAAACUUCCCCAGAUCCAACCGGAGCAGCUUAAGACUGUUCGACUGCUUUUAGAUUUGAUUGACAGCUAUAUUACAGGCAAUUUAAAUGAGCACAACGUUACAGAAGCAGUAAUGGCGCUACUCCAGGCUAAAAAAUGGGAUGGAGUGUAUUCUAGUCAUUUGCUGAGCUGUAUUGGGCGUUGGCUUGGACAGCAGUUUCACGAAGCCAAUAGCAGCAUUAGCCAAAGAGUGGAGGGGUUUAAAAUACAUCACAUCGAUCGCAUCAGUGAUUUGCCGCCAGCCGAGGAACUAACCCAGGAGCUGUUCCCAGAGGCCAUGACAAGUCUGCUGCUUCACUGGAUGGGUUUAAGUGAAGAGGCCAGUGUAGACAAGAGACACAGUGAAUAUCCCAUUUUACUCCUCAUACUGGAAUUUGCAAAUCAUAAUCUCAUCACUGGAGUGGCCCACGUGUUGUAUUCCAGCCUGAUAUGUAAAUAAAUAUUGAUAAAAACAUUCCAGGCAAAAUAAUAACAUUUCCAUAGAUAUAAGUAUGUGGUGGACCCUUCACCAGAAGUUACAUACUGUGAGUUUUUGUUUUCUACAGCUUACGUUUUGACCAUAGUUUACUGCUUGGUGUUAAGAGAUGCAGAACUUUAGAGAGCAUAACCAGAAAUGCUUACAAAUUAAGGCUAGUAUAAAAAUGUAGUACAGACCAUCUACAACACCAGUUAUAGGUGCUCAGAUCAGUUUACCAUGAAGGGAUGGGGAAAGACUUUUAAUAUACAUUCAAACUACAGCACUAAGUCAUUCUAAGUUUCUCUAGUAAGUCCACAACUAAAAAAAGGUAGCAACUAAGAAGAAAAGAUCUUUGGUAAUUCAGUGUUUCCUCAGCCAGUCUAACAAGUGAAACUAUAGGACUUAAGUACAACAUAAACAUGUUUUAUUGAAAGCAUAUCUGAAACAUGAUAUCUGCCACAGGAGUUCCAGUGCAGCUGUGAGUAGUCCUUGUAUCGGAACAGGUCCUCUAAAUAAUCCACUUUUCCUUUAAACUCACUCUUCUGAAAACAGGAGGUUUCUAAUUCCACACAAACAGCUGCCUUUCACUAAAUCUAUGUAAACAGUGCUCACUUAAAUCACAUAUUUAGUAUGUUCAAACAAUCACAUUAAUAGAAGUUAAAAUAGAAAAAAAAGCUACAAUAUUAAAACAAAUGUGACCAGCAUCAGUCUGACUGAUGACGUACAGUUUUCUAAAUGCUGAGAUAAAAAUCAGCAUCUCCAUAUUUACACAUUAUGUGUCAGAUGGGUGCCCAUGUUUAAAGCACAGAUCCAUGCACGCUGAUGGAUAAAGUAGUCCCUAUAUGGCUGCUACAUAGGCUCCGGGCCACGGGAGAAGGAGGAGGAGAAGCCCAGCCCCAUGCCUCUCUGCGUGUGUGUCUGUGACCGUGCCAUCUCAUACUGAACGUCCAAGUUCCUGAACAUCUCCUCCUGCUUCUGUAGAGUCUUCAGACCAUCUUCAUUCAGAGGUUUGGCUGCUUCCACCUCCUCGUCCCCCUGCACCAAGGACAGAUGUUUAAGAGACCCAGUGUGGAAAAGAGCAUUCAUGCACAGCAGGAGGACUGCAUUAGUAUUAAACAAGAGCAAAUCAAUGUGAAAUGAAAGAAUGAAAUACCAAUUUGAACAAGGAGACAUUGCAUGUGAAAAGUUAAAAUGCUAUUUAAGAAUGACUAUGACCAGAAUUACUGGCUGACCAGGCAAGCAAAAACGCCCCAUAAAAGCUUCCUCUAAAAGUAUAAAUGCCACAUACACACAGAUGGUCCCUCAUUUCAAAAAUGCUGCAGGGCUGCCUUGAACAUUGUAGUGUUAAUCCAACUGAGAAGUAGCGGAGUCCUUUCAUAUGGCAAAAUAAAUACUCAAGCUGACAAAUCAGUACUUACUUUUAUACCCAUCAGCUUUCGGAACUUCACAUUCUGGUCUUUAUUCCCAAAAUUGAGCUUUUCCCACAGCUCAGCUGUCUGGGACUUGUCCUUUGAAAAAAAUAAACAGAUAUAAGCC